GGUAUCAACAUGCGGGAUGGAUGUGUUGAUUGUAGGCAACGUGUGUAUUGAGAAAUAAGUCAUUUACAUCACCACAGCUGCCAUAUUAUUUAAGUUUUGGCAUUUUUCGUGAGCAAGAUGGCAAACACUAACCUUCAGUUCAAAACAAAUUAUGUCGUUGAGAGCAAGAUUGAGCCGUUUUACAAAGGAGGAAAAGUGCAGAUCAGCAAAGAUGAAAAGUACAUCUUUUGCUCUUGUGGAUCUCGUGUCAAUGUUUUGGAGAUCAGCACCGGGAAGAUCGUCCACUGUGUUGAGCAUGAUGAUCAAGAGGACAUCACAUCUUUCGCUCUCAGCUGCGAUGAUGAGAUGCUGGUAACAGCCAGCAGAGCUCUGCUGCUGAAGCAGUGGGACUGGCAGCAGGCUCAGUGCACUCGCUCCUGGAGGGCCAUUCACACUGUUCCUGUAGCCAGUAUGACCUUUGACUCCACCUCCACGCUCCUGGCCACAGGUGGCUGUGAUGGAACUAUAAAGCUCUGGGAUGUGGUGAAGCAGUACUGCACCCACAACCUGAAAGGUUCAUCUGGUGUUGUGCACCUGGUCCAGUUCCACCCAGACAUCAGCAGGCUGCAGCUCUUCUCAUCCUCUCUGGACUGUGGCAUCCGUCUGUGGGACCUGCGCUCCAGCCAGUGUGUGUGCGUGCUGCAGAGUCACUACAGCGCCGUCACCUCACUCAGCUUCAGCCCCGAUGGCGGCACCAUGGUCAGUUCUGGCAGAGACAAGAUCUGUACAGUGUGGGACCUGAAGGCUCAGAAAGCCAAGAGGACUGUGCCGGUCUAUGAGGCUGUGGAGGGCGUUGCGCUUCUGCCUGAGAACGAGGACUUGUCUCCGAUUGGAGUGAAGAGGAAAGACUUACAUUUCGUCACAGCUGGCAGCAAAGGUAUACUGCGAGUGUGGGAGGCCAGCACGGCACGGUGCGUCUACACCCAGACCCUCCCCUCCACCCACAGUGCUGUCUCUGAGGAGGAAGACAAGGACGACGACCCCCGCAGUCUGACGUACCUCCUCCACCUGCCCGCCUCCUCCAGACUGGCCACAGUCACAGCAGAACACAACAUCGUGCUUUACCAGCUGCCUGGUCUCACCACACAGCAGCAGUUCGUGGGCUACAAUGACGAAGUGCUGGACGUGAAGUUUUUGGGUAAAGGCGACAGCCACAUCGUGGUGGCCACCAACAGCUGCCAGCUGAAGGUGUUUGAGCUGCUCACCAAAAGCUGCCAGAUCCUCUACGGACACACAGAUACUGUCCUCUCAUUGGACGUGUUCAAAAAGGGCUCUCUCUUUGUGAGCUGUGCGAAGGACAGGUCGGUGCGUGUGUGGCAGAUGGACGGCGACAGCGGUCAGGUGCACUGUGUGGCUCAGGGCUCCAGCCACACUAACGCUGUUGGCUCCAUCACCUGCUCCAGGAUGAAAGCAUCUUUUAUAGUGUCUGGCAGUCAAGACUGUACCAUUAAGGUGUGGGAUCUACCUGCAGACUUGUCUGUGUCGGGAGAGGACGUACAUCAGCUGACCCCUCGCACCACAGAGAAGGCGCACGACAAGGAUGUGAACAGUGUGGCGGUGUCGCCCAAUGACAAGCUGCUGGCCUCAGGCUCCCAGGACCGCACCGCCAAGCUGUGGUCGCUGACGGGGGAGGGGACUGUGGGCCUGCUGGGGGUGUUUCGGGGCCACAGACGCGGCGUCUGGGCUGUCUGCUUCUCUCCUGUCGACCAGGUGCUGGCCACGUCCUCCGCAGACGGCGCCACCAAACUGUGGAGUCUGCAGGACUUCAGCUGCCUCAAGACAUUCGAGGGUCAUGAUGCAUCGGUUUUGAAGGUCAUCUUUGUGAGUCGAGGCACUCAGCUGCUCACCAGUGGCUCGGAUGGUUUAGUGAAGCUGUGGACCAUAAAGACCAACGAGUGCGUGAAAACGCUGGACGCCCACCAGGACAAAGUGUGGGGUCUCCACGCCAGCCGCAAGGAUGACAAGAUGGUGACGGGCUCUGCAGACUCUAACAUCGCCGUGUGGAUGGACGUGACUGAGGUGGAGCUGGCAGAGGAGCAGGCCAAACAGGAGGAUCAGAUACUCAAGCAGCAGGAGUUGUCAAACCUGCUGCAUGAGAAGAAAUACCUGAAGGCUCUGGGUCUCGCCAUCUCGCUGGACCAGCCUCACACCGUGCUCACUGUUAUCAAAGCAAUCCGUCAGGUGGACGAUGGCCACGAGCUGUUAGAGAAGACGGUACUGAAACUACGAGUGGAUCAGAAAGAGUCGCUCCUGCGCUAUUGUGCCGUGUGGAACACCAACGCCAGAAACUGUCAGGAUGCCCAAGCCGUCCUCCAGGUUCUCCUCACACAUGUGCCUCCUGAGGAGCUGCUGCAGUAUCAGGGCGCCCGAGCCCACCUCGAGGGACUCAUCCCGUACACAGAGAGACACAUGCAGAGGAUCGGCAAACUGCUACAGGCGUCUAUGUUCUUGAACUACAUGUGGCAGAAGAUGAGAGUCGCCGGAGGACCAGCCAGCCUGGGUCAAGAUGAAGAAAUGGAUACCACUCCUCUUGCACAGCCUUUCUUUAUGAUUGACAAGGAGAAAGGAAUAGGCAGCGGCGGUGAGGAGAAAGAAGAGGAAGAUGACAGCGAUGGAGGACAAGAUGAAGAUCAAAAUUGCCCAGCUGAAGAUGAGGCGGAGGAGGUCAGCGCUACUAGGAAAGCUUCCGCCAAUGACGGGCGAGUAGAAAACGGAGAGAGCACCAAAACAAACGGCAACCACCACUCUGAAAGCGAGGAGAGUUCAGAUGAGGAAGAGGAGGAUCAAACAGUAAAAGUGGUGAAAUGUCUCCAAGUUUCUUCAGCUCCACAAUGCCAGACUUUCGCCAGCUGACAGGGAUCUCCAAGCUGAUGACAGAUGAGUCACUCCUGGAGAAAAAAAACCCCAGGAAGGGUCGUCUUAUCGCGGACCAUUAGCUGGACUGACACUGACAUUGUGGCAGUGCAGGAAGAGACCGAGAGACAGGUGUGGAGUGAUGAUGAUGAUAGAGAUAAAAGGCCUCUCUGUGCACUCCACGUCUCAGCAGCUCGCAAAGACUUUCUGUCGUGUGCCAGUAAGUUAAUCGUGCAUCAGUUCUUUCACAAAGAGUAGAAUUCAGAGAAACUUAACAGCCUGAUUUCAUCAAAGGUGGACAUUCAGGAGGAAAAGAGGAGAGACUGAAGGAGGUCAGAGCUGCAUUACCAUUCAGGCAUGGAGGAAGAGUGAUCCUCCCCCGCUGCAGAUACCAGCAGCUAUUGUCUGCUUCUGCAAUGUUGUGUAGUCCUGAUCUACCGGCUCGACUACAUCAAUACAAAAGGUUCCCUUAUACAACCAUAGAAUUUUUUUAUGUCAUUAUUACAAGUGUUUAUAAUUAAAAAAAUAUAUCUUC